AAGAAGCAAAUGCUUCUCUGAUGCUUUUGGGCAAUAGAGCAGAAGAAAGAAAAGAAGAAAAGGCUUCUCUAAUCACUUGCCAUCUUUUGUUAAACUUUCUAGUGAGAGAAAUAUAGGGUUUUAGAGAGAGAAAGUUAUUAGUCAUGUCUCUGGGCUAUGCAGAGCAGCUCUCCUUCAUAGAAGAUGUGGGUAAAGUUGGAAUGACUGAAUUCUUCGACCCAUCCAUUGUUUUGCAAGAAAAACUAUAGGUAAUGAGAGACUAGGGGUGUGGUUCUGGCUUUAAUUCCAACUCCUUGCGAUGCUUGUCAACUACUCAACUUGAAAGUUGAAACACAGGGAAAAAUAGGUUUCAGGGACCUAUAACGAGAAGGCUUUGAUUAUUUGGUUUUUUUAUACCCACUUGGAUGCCAAAAGAGAGAAACGAAUGGGAAUGAAGGCCAUUCUCAUGUCUCUUCUGCUUGAUUGAACGCCUUGCCAAGAUGAUACAAAAGAGUAAGCAUCUAGUGGUGUUUACAGGUGCAGGAAUAUCAACUUCAUGUGGCAUACCUGAUUUUCGAGGCCCCAAGGGAAUCUGGACACUACAGCAUGAGGGCAAACCUUUACCUGAAGCAUCUUUGCCAUUUCAUCGAGCAAUGCCAAGUAUGACUCAUAUGGCUUUGGUUGAACUUGAGAAGGCUGGAAUUCUAAAGUUUGUAAUUAGUCAGAAUGUUGAUGGUCUCCAUCUUCGGUCUGGAAUACCAAGGGAGAAACUUGCUGAAUUGCAUGGGAACUCCUUCAUGGAAGCUUGCCCUUCAUGUGGAGCUGAGUAUUUGAGGGAUUUUGAGGUGGAAACUAUUGGGUUGAAGGAGACAUCACGCCGCUGUGCUGAUGUGAAAUGUGGAACAAAACUAAGGGAUACAGUUCUUGACUGGGAGGAUACGCUGCCUCCAAAAGAGAUGCUUCCAGCUGAGAAGCACUGCAGGAUGGCUGAACUUGUGUUAUGUUUAGGGACAAGUUUGCAGAUCACUCCUGCAUGCAACCUGCCCCUGAAAUGUCUCCGUGGUGGGGGAAAGAUUGUAAUUGUGAAUCUUCAGAAAACUCCAAAGGACAAGAAUGCAAGUUUGGUGAUCCAUGGGUUUGUAGAUAAGGUUAUUGUAGGAGUCAUGGAUUUGCUUAGCAUACGAAUCCCUCCAUAUGUCAGGAUUGAUCUUGUCCAGAUCAUCAUAACUCAGUCAUUGAGUGCAGAUAAAAAAUUUGUGAACUGGACCCUCCGUGUAGCAAGUGUACAUGCACUGAAAGCACCAUUGCCAUUCAUAAAGUCCAUUGAGGUUUCCUUCUCGGAUGCACAAAAAUAUAAAGCAGCAAUUCUACAUGAGCAGCCUUUUAACCUGAAACGGAGAACUGUGACAACAGAAACAUUUGAAAUUUUGUUGAAACUUGACUUCAGUGAUGGCUGUGGUUGUCUGUGCACCCAAAUCAAUAUCCCUUUUGGUUUUAAGGUUUUAAAUGACUGUUUUAAGCUUGAUAAGGACGCUGCAAUGCAAGAUCUGAGAGAGAAGGCGAUUCAGGAUUUUGGUUGUGGUCAGAAUGCAGUGAUUGAAAGAAAGAAAAUUUUAGCUUCAAAAACUGAGUUCACAGUCCAUGCUAUUGUAACUAACAUCAAAGCGUUUGAAUCUGAUUCUUUGAAUAAUGAUGGGCAAAGAGCAAAAGGAAGUAUGAAUGGUACUGUGACAUCUCGAAAACGAUCAAAAGGUCGGAAGCGGAAAUCAAGAUUUUAAAGACUGGGGCUUGCAUUGGAUUGUAUAUAUACCUUGGUAUUUGUUGUAACUCAUAGAAAGCAUAAUAUGUAGUGCUAGUGAGUAGUAACUGAGUGAAUUUUGUUAGAUAUUACACUCAGUCUCCGCACACUCAGUCUCCCCAGCCACGCAAGGCAAGUGACAAAUUUUGAGAUGAUUAGUGUUCUAUACUUCACCUACUCAAAAAAAGGAAAAUGAAGAAUUCCAUAGUGGGCUUUUGUAGAGCUGUUAGUGUUUCUCAAGCUUACAUUGGACAUUGGAGUGGAAAAGGAAUGAAAAUUGCUUAUUUU